CUGGAAUUGUAAACAAUGGAAUCAUUCCGAACGGACACCUGCAUUAUUUUACUCGUUUCCAAGGGAAUCUGACCAGAUGAAGCUACAAUUCCAAAAAAGACAAGUUUUUAAAUCAUCAACUUUGAGAUAAUAUUGAACAAGACAACCAAGCAAAAUACAACUAUAUAGUAUCAUGAGUUUAAGAGGAAAUUAACAUGGUAUUUGGUUUUGGAAAGAUUGACAUCGGAAAAGUCAUAGCAUUCCUGGUUUCAAUUAUAAUUCUUAUUCAAAUCUGGCACAUAGGCAUGUUGACAAAACAUGAAAGGUUGACAUUUCCAAACAAUCAGAAGAACGAAGGAGAGCAUGGAAAAAUUCGAUUGUUGAUAUCAAAAAUUGAAAACGCACAUGUACUGGAUAGCAGUGGUUCUUAUAAUAUUAUCACAGAUAUUUUCCGCCAUGAGGAUUCAAGUUCAACUUUACAGAAUGAUGUAACACUGGUUUCUCAGACAUCAAGCAAUAAUUUAAAUGAUGUGAUUGCCCUCAGUGAAAGAUGGGAUGGUGCAAUCUCAAUUUCCGUUUUUACGCACUUUACAGAUUUCCAAUUUGCUAUGAACAAGCUUAUACAUCUGCAUGUAUGCUUUCCCAAAAUACAAAAUCGUGUUCAUUUCCAUCUCGUAUAUCCUUUAAAUAAUGACAUUCCGCUAGACAAAUUAAAACAGAAUUUUGUUAGCUCUAAUUGUGAGAUUUCAAUGAAAACUUUUCACAAUCAAAAUUAUGAAAUUGAAGGAAUAGAAUACCCACAUAAUCUUUUGAGAAACACAGCAGUGAAAUUUUGUAAAACAAGCUAUGUGUUUCUUAUUGACAUAGACAUGCUUCCAAAUAAAUAUUUGCGAAAAGAAUUUAACAUGUUUGUACAAUCUUUUAAAAAUGAUUCUGUUGUGUUUGUUGUGCCUUCCUUCGAAUCAAAAGAUGAUGUCGCAAUUCCAAUUGACAGGACACAACUUUUAAGGAAUUGGAGAUUAAAGAAAAUCAGACCGUUUUAUUUUGAUGUUUGUCGAAAGUGUCAAAGGCCUACAGACUAUGAUCAGUGGCAAUAUCUACCAGACUCUAGUCAUUUAAAUAUAGCUUACUUUGUACAACGGGACGAUGUUUACGAGCCAUUUUAUAUCGCCAAGAAAGAUAUCCCAUUGUACGAUGAACGGUUCAAACAGUAUGGAUACAAUAGAAUUAGUCAGGUAUGUGAAAUAAACAUUGCUGGCUACAAUUUUGGGGUUUUAAACAACGCUUUUCUUAUACAUAAAGGAUUCAAAUACAGAGACGGCUUCCAUAAAAACAAAGAAAUAGAGAAUAACAGGAAUAGAGACUUGUUUCAACAGUUUAAAAGAGAACUCAGAACAAAAUAUCCAAAUUCAAAACGUUCUUGUUGAUAUUUUCCAUGAAUUUACACACUUGUUUAUGAAAUAUUUAGGACAAAAUGAAAAUUUUUUAUAUUUACAUAAAUAUUUAUCUGGUCGACGAUUUUAUUUCAGUAUUGAGAAAUAGGAGCAGCCAAAGCAACUUUAAACACUUCGAAUCUUGAAGCGUUGAUUUGUUUGAGAUGGCAACAGGAUGUCCACUUGAUUUGUUCUCGAUUUCUUUCAAAAUGUCAAGAACCUGUUCAUAGUGCUAAUAAAAGAAAUGUCAAAAAAUUAUGUCGAGAGGUCCACAUGAUUUAAAAGUAUCGACAGCCACCGUUUUUUCCUGAUCGAAAAUACUCUCCUCGUCAUACAACAUAUCAAAUUCGAAUUGAUUUUUAACUGGCAGGUUCAACUUUGAUUUCAUUAUGUUCUUUCUUUUAUUGGAGACAAAUGUUAAACCAGGUAUUUUCCCAAGAAUUGCCAUGAAAUUUCUAAUAGCCGGGACAGUUAGACAUAGUUUGAACUUUAUAUAUUAAUUUUUUAUCAUAAGGCUGGCUUUCAUACGGAAGUAACAAAAACUUACUGUUCAAUUAGCCGAUAUAUGCGUUUCGCUUUGAACAUGUUUAUGACGUUACUAGCGGUUCGACUGAGGUUACCGGACCCUGCUAACUUGCUUGUCCCAUAGUGUAAUAUAAAACGUACUUUUUACCUUUUUUUUUAAUUCGGAAAACUUUGUCGUUGCCCUUUUCAUAAUUUUUUAAAUUGUAACACCAUGAUAUUCGUUUUGACUAUCAACAUUAUAUAUAUAUAUAAAUGCACGUCAACUUGAAAUUGUAUUCUGCAUGAAAUUAUUUUCCUACGUCUUAAACUGUAAGCAUUACAUAAGGUUAACUUUAUCAAAUCCUUUAUUCUCUCUUGUGUGCGUUUGAACCUCACAAUACAACAAAAUCACCUAAAAACGAGCACGACAACUCUCUUUUUUUUAUCCCUUUUCCGAAACAUGAUGUUCUGUUUGGUUACCAGUUGCUGUCCAUUUAAAAGGGGAAAAGCGCCCAUCUUUAUCCUUUAGAGAAUCAAUGAGAACGAAACGAAUUCACCCUUUGUGAUUACUAGUACCUUCUUUUUCCUUAAUCUAAAUGUCUGUUCAUGAAAAUGUGUUUAUAUGCAUUUCUGAAUUCAUCAUCUGUUUAUACAUAUAUAUUACAGGAAUAAAGCAGAAUACGUUA